AUGUCAGGGUUAGAACAUCUACAGAACUUAUCUAUCCAGCCGUCAAAUCGGAGUACUCAGCAGCAACAGACCAAUUCUCAACCACAAUCACAAUACUCACAACUGGCGGCCAAACGAAGAUCAGCAAGAGACUAUCAAUUUGGAGCGAAAAUAGGAGAAGGAUCAUAUUCCACAGUAUACUCUGCAUUGGAUAAAUACACCAAUAGAACUUAUGCUAUUAAAGUGUUAUCGAAACGACAUAUAGUGAAAGAGAACAAAAUUAAAUAUGUCAAUAUUGAAAAGACCACUUUGAACAGAUUGGGUCAACAACAUCCCGGGAUUGUUCAAUUAUAUUAUACUUUCCAAGAUGAGAGUAGCUUGUUUUUUGUUUUGGAUUUUGCAGAAUAUGGGGAGUUGUUGUCAAUCAUUAGAAAAUUUGGAUCUUUAUCUGAAUCCGUACUGAAAUUUUACAUGUGUCAAAUAAUAGAUGCAGUUAGGUUUAUUCAUCUGAAAGGGGUGAUCCAUCGAGAUUUGAAACCAGAGAAUAUUUUAGUUGGACAUGACUUUAAUUUAAAAAUCACCGAUUUUGGAGCAGCCAAGUUAUUAGGCAAUCACGAAGAGUUCAAUGGCGAGAAAAUAGACUAUAAUUCAGUAGAUGCCAGUCCAGAGGUAUCUGAUACUGAUCGAAAGGGAUCGUUUGUGGGCACAGCUGAAUACGUUUCUCCGGAAUUACUUAAGCACAAUAUAUGCGGUUUUGAAUCUGACAUUUGGGCUAUUGGGUGUAUAUUAUAUCAAUUCUUUAAUGGCGUUCCGCCGUUUAAAGGAAGCACCGAGUACUUGACUUUUGAAAAGAUUAUAAAUGUGGACUAUUCAUACAAAUCACCCAUACCCUUACCGCCAGACGUGAUCCAAUUGAUUGAUCUGAUACUUAUUUCUGAACCAUCUGCACGAGCAACAAUCCCACAUAUCAUGUCAUCAAGGUGGUUUUCUGACAUACCUUGGGACGACCAAAAUUUUAUAUGGCAUAGGAAGGUUCCCCGGUUUGAAGCAUUUGGCGCCAUUACACCGUCACCAGCAAUGCCUCCAAUGAUGAAGAACGGAACCAACAGAAAUGUCAAUAAAUCAAACUCUUACCACCAAUUGCAGUCACAGAUACUGGCCUCUGAGUUUGGAUUUAUUCCUUCAAUUGCAGCAAAAAAAUCGUACAAACCACCAACAAUGAUAAAGAAUAACGUAGCAAUGCCUGCGUUGAAUCAAACUACAUAUAAUCAUAACUACCAACAACAUGUACCGCUCCCUCCUCCAGUAUCGUCACAACCAUUAACACAACAGAACGUACCGCAACAAAUUCAACCGCAAAGAAGUGGUUCUGCACAAACGCCCCAGUUUGCACCAGUUUCGGCUUCUAGCCGACAACCUGUUGGUAACAUGCAAACUAGACAAGCUGCACCACAAGUAUUGGUACAACAAAAAACUCCCCCUUUCCCAAAGGAGAAGAACAGUACACCAAAUUUAAGGGACAAUACAUCUUUUGCACAAAUGGCUCCCAGAAGGAAUGGGGAGAUACCUGGACAACCUCAACAACAAAUACCAUUGCCAAAAUCGCAACAAUCACCACAACCACAACCAAAAGCUCAAUAUCAACUGCAACAGCAAAAACAACUGGAAGAUAUAAGGGGUUCUAAAAAUACAUCAGCAAAUGCAGCAGCCGCAGCUUUUGCUACAAAAAAUUUACCACAGCCAAAUCACAAAACAUCUAAGGACUCAUCAACACCGCCACCACCACCACCACUACCACCAAAGAUCAAAAAAGUGCAGGAAAAUUUCAUUAAAUUUAAUGAAGUCUCUGGGCUAUUGAAGCCGGAUGAAAAGAUUUUAAAAAUGGACAAUUUGAUCAAGCUGGUAUUGAGCAAGAGAUAUCUAAAUAAACCCGAAUACCAGGUUUUAGAUGAUUCUGUUUUGGAUGAAUUGACAUCCAAGUACGCCAGUAUCCUUAAACAAGAAUCUAAAGCAGUUAUCACUAUUGUCACUAACAUGGCUCGUGUAUUCUUUAUAGAUGCAUUUUUGAAUGUCAUGCUAGUGGACUUGAAGGCAAACAAGGGGGCAGACUAUCUGAUGUAUGAUUAUGAAUUUGAAAAUACAGUUGAUGAAGAUGGUAAUUUACUUUCGAAACAGGAUGAAACGUUUGGAUACUUGAUAAUCGAAUUGAUCAAAGAUGGUGGGGAUUUGGUAUUCCUACAGAGAGUUAGCGACGAGCAAAGAUUAAGAUUGACCAAUGCUGUCAAGGUUUUAGAUAAAAAAGGCGAAGAAGUAGUUGUUGGAUCAAGUCAUGGAUGGAUUGACUGCUUGUUAAUAGCUCGAGAGAUAUCAAUCGAGCAAAGCGAAGAUAACAAAAAGCCACGAUCUGUGAGCUCGUCAUCUAAUGUAAGUAUUAAUGAAGUUAAAUCAGAGAAAGCCAAAAAAAAGAAACUGUCAUUAUCAAAUAAAAAGCCCAGAUCCAAGAAGAAGGGAACAAGCUCUAAUGGGACUCCUCAAACAACACCAACCCCAACUCAACAUUCAAACUUUGCAUUUGCAGCAGCAGCAGCUGUGCACCACCAAAAAUAA